CAACCUCCUGGUAGAGCUCUGAGCAGCUCCGGAGGGGCCACCUGCCAGCGCCGCAGGCAUGGCCAACCGGACCAAUGCCUCUACUGCAUACGACAGCUACGAAUACUACCUGGACUACUUGGACCUCAUUCCCGUGGAUGAGAAGAAGCUGAAGGCCAGCAAACAUUCGAUCGUCAUCGCCUUCUGGGUGAGCCUGGCAGCUUUCGUGGUCUUCCUGUUCCUGCUGCUGCUGUCCAUGUCCUGGCCAGCCUCCCCGCAGACGAGGAAAGUAAGGACAGGCGGAGGUAUGUGGAACAAUGCCCAGCACCACCCAACGUGCCCCUGGAGUCUCGGCCUCAACCUCCCCUUCUGUGUCUGGAAGCAACCCCAGCACCACGGGGCCCCCCAGGGGACCCGCUGCCUCUACCGAGCUCGGUCGAGGAACCAGGUGGCAGAGCGUCGGGCCCCGUCCAGCAGCUGCAGCAGGAGAGUCCCUCCACCUCGGCCCCCUCCACCCCCCAGAGCCAUCCUGCUCUCUGGGAACUGGCCCUCGAUGGGGACCCGCACGGUACCAGCCGACGUCAGGAACUUCAAGCCCAGUGAGCCUCCCCUGCAGACAGAACCUCUCGACAGUAGAACCAACAACCCAAACCAGGGCCAUUGCUGAGUGAGCCGGGGAACUCAAACCAACCUGGACACACACGUGCCCUCUGAAAGCCUGGUUACAGGUAGCACGAUGUGCAACUAGGUCAGGAAUGACUGUACAAGGGGGCGCAUGUGUGCAUUUACCCAAGGCUGGCAACAGCCCAUCUGGCUGAGGGAGGAGGCCCCAAAUAGUGCUCAUU